CGUUUCAGCAACACAGAGGAUGUAACGCCUUUCCAGUUUAUUGUCUUAUAUUAAACGGUACACCGUGACAUAAAAACAUUUUGUGUAUCGGCGAACGUAGACUGAGAGUGAGAGGACACAAAGAAGCAAAUGCUUUGGCGUUCAUCUGUGGGGAAACCAUUUUAUGAUUGCCAAUGCAUCCAAGCCAUAAGGAUACAGUCGUCUCGCUAGCUUAACUUAGCUAGCUAAACGAUACUGUCUGUGUCGUGGAUGGGUUCACUGUACAAGGUGCAAGAAACGUUGACCUGUGCUUAGCGAACAACAUGGAUACUGCCGAGGAAGCGGAUAUUUGUCGUGUGUGCCGCUCUGAGGGGACCCUGGACAAACCCCUGUACCACCCCUGUGUCUGCACUGGCAGUAUCAAGUUUAUCCACCAGGAAUGUUUGGUCCAAUGGCUGAAGCACAGCAGGAAGGAGUACUGUGAAUUAUGCAAGCACAGAUUUGCUUUCACACCAAUCUACUCCCCAGAUAUGCCCUCACGUCUGCCCAUCCAGGACAUUUGUGCUGGCCUGCUGACAAGUGUGGGCACGGCCAUUCGCUACUGGUUUCAUUACACGCUGGUGGCCUUCGCAUGGCUUGGGGUGGUUCCUCUCACAGCAUGUCGCAUCUAUAAGUGUCUUUUUACCGGCUCUGUGAGCUCCCUUUUGACACUGCCAUUGGACAUGCUCUCUACAGAGAACCUGCUUGCAGAUUGUCUCCAGGGUUGUUUUGUGGUGACUUGCACCCUGUGCGCAUUCAUAAGUCUGGUAUGGCUCAGAGAACAGAUAGUCCAUGGUGGUGCCCCCCAGUGGUUAGAGCAGCACCAACCACCACCACCCAAUGCAGCUGGACAAGCCAAUGAGGCACAGGCUGCAGGUCAAGGAGCAGCUGAUGAGCCUCCUGCAGCCCAGCCAGCUCCUGCUGAGCCUCCCGCCCAGAAUGAGGCAGAGCCUGAACCUCCUGAUGUCCCACCAGAUCAGGGUGAGGAUCCAGAACUUGAAGAAGAAGAGGGAGCAGCUGCUGAAGAUGCAGACCCCAACAAUGGAGCACAAGAUGACAUGAACUGGAAUGCUUUGGAGUGGGACAGAGCAGCAGAGGAACUCACCUGGGAAAGGAUGCUUGGCCUGGAUGGUUCACUGGUAUUUUUGGAACAUGUGUUUUGGGUAGUGUCUCUCAACACACUCUUUAUCUUGGUCUUCGCAUUUUGUCCCUACCACAUUGGACACUUCUCUGUUGUUGGUCUUGGCUUUGAGGAAUAUGUCCAAGCGUCUCACUUUGAGGGAUUGAUCACAACAAUUGUGGGCUACAUACUGUUGGCCAUGACGCUCAUCCUGUGUCAUGGACUGGCUGCUCUGGUCAGGUUCCAGCGCUCCCGGCGUCUCCUGGGAGUCUGCUACAUUGUUGUCAAGGUGUCCUUGCUGGUUGUUGUGGAGAUUGGUGUUUUUCCUCUGAUCUGCGGCUGGUGGCUUGACAUCUGCUCUUUAGAGAUGUUUGAUGCCUCACUUAAAGACAGAGAAUUGAGUUUCAAAUCAGCACCUGGUACUACUAUGUUCCUGCACUGGCUUGUAGGAAUGGUCUAUGUCUUCUACUUUGCUUCAUUCAUCCUUCUACUGAGAGAGGUGCUGAGACCUGGAGUGCUGUGGUUUCUGAGAAACCUCAACGACCCAGAUUUUAACCCGGUGCAGGAGAUGAUUCACUUGCCCAUCUACAGACACCUGCGGCGAUUCAUUCUGUCUGUGGUUGUCUUUGGCUCAAUCGUGUUGCUCAUGCUGUGGCUUCCCAUCAGGCUGAUAAAACUGCUGCUGCCCACCUUCCUCCCAUACAAUGUCAUGCUCUACAGUGAUGCCCCAGUCAGUGAGCUGUCUUUGGAGCUGUUAUUACUUCAGGUUGUGCUUCCGGCUCUACUUGAACAGGGACAUACUCGCCAGUGGCUCAAAGGCCUGGUCAGAGCCUGGACAGUCAGUGCUGGAUAUUUACUUGAUCUCCACUCCUACCUCCUUGGUGAGCAGGAGGACAAUGAUGCUAAUCAGCCUGUCAACAACAACAAUAAUAACAAUCCUCCCCAUGGACAUCAGAACAACAAUAACAACCCUGCUCCAGCUGUUGGUGAGGGACUUCAUGCAGCCCAUCAGGCCAUUCUGCAGCAAGGGGGACCAGUGGGUUUCCAGCCCUACCACCGACCUCUUCGCUUCCCAUUCAGGAUUGUGUUGCUGAUAGCCUUCAUGUGCAUCACUCUGCUAGUGGCCAGUCUGGUGUGCUUAACCCUACCAGUAUUCACUGGCCGCUGGCUGAUGUCCUUCUGGACAGGAAAUUCCAAAAUCCACGAGCUGUAUACAGCAGCAUGCGGUCUGUAUGUCUGCUGGCUGUCUAUCCGCGGAGUCACCGUUCUGAUGGCCUGGAUGCCGCAGGGACGCACUGUUAUCAUGCGCAAAGUCCAGGAGUGGACUCUGAUGAUCCUGAAGACCCUUGUUGUGGCUUUGCUGGUUGCUGGAGUUAUUCCACUGUUACUGGGCCUGCUGUUUGAACUGGUCAUUGUGGCUCCUCUCAGGGUACCCCUGGACCAAACACCCCUCUUCUAUCCCUGGCAGGAUUGGGCUCUUGGAGUGCUCCAUGCCAAAAUUAUUGCUGCCAUCACUCUCAUGGGUCCUCAGUGGUGGCUGAAGACUGUUAUUGAGCAGGUUUAUGCAAACGGAAUUCGCAACAUUGAUCUCCAGUUCAUCAUCCGUAAACUGGCAGCUCCUGUUAUCUCAGUCCUGCUGUUGUCCCUGUGUGUGCCAUACGUGAUCGCCGCCGGGGUGGUGCCUGCUGUAGGAGUUACUCCAGAGAUGGAGAUCCUAAUGCAGAGGAGAAUCUACCCAUUCCUCUUGAUGGUGGUUUCUCUUAUCGGCAUCCUUUCCUUCCAAAUUCGACAGUUUAAACGCCUUUAUGAACACAUCAAGAAUGACAAGUACCUGGUUGGCCAGAGGCUUGUCAACUACGAACGAAAAGCUGGCAGAGGAAGCUCAGUCCCUCCCCCUAACCCUGUCGCAGAGUAAAUUUUUGUGUCACAUGUUGCCACAUUUUUGCACCUUUUACCCUGCGUACGGCCUGUCCAAUCCUCCCCCCCCCCCAUCCUUUUUGAUUUUCAACUCAGUCCUUGGACUGUAAUCCUUUUUUUGAAUCUCCUGUGGAUCUUGGUGGAUUUAAUGGAUGUUGUUCAGUUUCCUUUCAUGCCCAUCAAACACGGGACAGAAAAAUGUAUCAUAAUCAUGGGACAGCAGAUUAAUCCCCUCAAACAAAACAAACGGAGUAGGCAGGAGGGUUAAAGGUUUGAUUUAAAGCUCGACAUCUGUAUUGUCAUCCAUGCCUUGCUUUGUAAAGUGCUGCCUGAUAAUUGUACAUGUGUAAAUAUUUUGAACGCAGACUUUGUCUUUAAAAAAAAAAGGACAGAUGUGGAUUAAUGCAAUGACCAUUGUACAUCUUAAAAGUGUAUGUAUAAUUUAUUAAAUCAAAAUGACAGUUUA